AUGGUUAAAAGGACACUGAUAUUUGUCAUAAUUGUGAUAACCCUUUGGGGAAAAUUGAUAUCAGCUGCAAACCCUCAUAAAGCUCACCAUGUUAAGACUGGCACCUGUGAGGUAGUGGCUUUGCACCGGUGCUGCAACAAGAACAAAAUUGAAGAGCGGUCCCAGACCGUGAAGUGCUCCUGUUUCCCAGGACAAGUAGCAGGAACGACACGUGCCGCCCCUUCCUGUGUGGAUGCCUCAAUAGUUCUACAGAAAUGGUGGUGUCAAAUGCAGCCAUGCCUUGAUGGAGAGGAAUGUAAAGUACUGCCCGAUCGCACUGGUUGGAGUUGUGCCUCUGGAAAUAAAGUCAAGACAACUAAGGUAAGUUGA